GCUGCAUAACAAUAGCAUAAGCUACAUGCUUCCAAUUCACUCACUCUGAAGGACAUCUGCUACCUUUAAGCAGCCUGACAAAAUCUAACACCAGAAUGGCUGAAAGAAGUCUUUCUCUCACUCCUCUUCUCCCUCCUAACAGCUUGAGUUCAGUUAUGAAUGGUAAACCAGUUCUUAAGACUGUGUGUGCUAUAGUGAGGACAGACAAAUGGCAUCAGUUGGGUCUACAGCUAGGAGUUGAUGACAAGAAGCUCCAAGAAAUUGAUUCAGAGAGAUCAGAUACACAAGAAAAAAGAACACAGAUGUUUCGUGCUUGGAUCAGUAGUCAACCAGGAGCUAGUCACAAUCAACUGGUUGAGGUACUGAGACUCAAAGUAAUAGGAGAGGACAGAAUGGCUCAGGAAUAUGAAGAAAAAGUGAAGGAGGAAGCAUCUAAAACCACAGAAACCACUGAAAUAGGAGCUCAAACUAGUAUGGAAGAAUUAUCAUUUUCAACAGAACCUGCUUGGAGCACAAUCACAGUUGUCACUUCAAUGCAUCAGAAAGCAUCACAGUUAGAUCUGCUAACAGUGCAAGCCCUUCAAUUGGAAGAAAAAUAUCACCAGUUCCUUCAGCAAAUACACACACUGUCACAAAAUGCCAAUGUAGAAAUAGUUAAGAUCCAGCUAAUAGCUAUAUUGCAAGGAAAGUGUCUUAAUCAGUCGCAUGGAAUUAGCUCCUACUUCAAAGUAAUCGAUAAAAUUACAAGCAUAAAUGAAGUAUUUAAGUUCCUCGUUAAAAAUUAUUUCGUUGGUUACCUAAAUUAUAAUCUCCUUAAAAAAUUUUCAAGUGAAGUUAUAUGUGGAGAUGGGUAUGAAAAGGCACAAGCUGAGGUAGUAGAGUACGAGAAGCACUAUUGUAAGUUCAUUGAAGAGCCUGCCUUUUAUCAACUGAUUGAGGUUUUUGAUGAGAACCCUCAUCUAAACCCAGGCACUGUCGUAGGACUACCAAUUGUCAUUAUUAGUCUUUCACAAAAGUGGAAAACCCGAAAUAAAAAAGAAUUAAAUGAAUGGGUACCUUUUCUAAAAGAUAAUGAGCACCUACUCCAAAGUAUCGGCUACAAAUGCAUACUAAUUACUUAUGCUAUUUUUCCUGUUCACCUCAGUGCUCAAAGUUAUGAGUUUCCUAAGCAAUGAAGAACACAUGAAACGACUUAAAGAAAACGGAAUAACAAUCGAAACUCCUUCAUAUACAAUGGAAAUAGCAGAGAGACUCAGAGAAGUAUCAACAGAAGAGUUGGCAGAGGAGGAAGAAGAUACCUCAGAUGAAAUGCAGCGUCAACACUCCUUAUUGCUGGAAAAAGGAGAGAGGAUUGAACAGGAACAUUUAGAGAUUCAACAAAAGCAGUUAAGGGACAAGGCAUUGUUAAAAGCUUCAUCAAAUAAACCUUCUCAAAAGGCCUUCUCAAGUGGCCGUGAUAGUGGUUACUUUUCACAACACACCUCCCCGCACACAAAGACCACAACACGGCACCUCCCGGCCUCAUCAGUGCCACUAGUGUGAUGAGACAUUGAUGGCAGGAAAUUGUUCCCCACCAUCAAUGCCAAUUGCCAAGGCACUAUUGUACUGUUGUGCUUCAAGAGCACAACAGUGCAAGUACAUACAACCAUGACUUUUGUGCAAUAAUUAUUUAAAGAUAAAUCUUAACACUUAGAAUUUGCUGAU